AAAACUUUGCAUAAACUUUGUACCUAAAUGUGAAAAAGAAGAAACACGCUUCGAAGCGUGUUAGUUUUUAAGAAAUAAUUUUUUUUUCUGUAAAAAAGUUUUUUUUUUUUUGUAUAUAGAAGUAAACUUAAAGAAGUGAGAAAUAAAAUCAGCAACAUAUACCGGACAUAUUUUUAAUUUCUUCUACUUGCAGAACAAACCCAACCAAGGAGGUUUAAUCCAACUUACUAAAAAAGAUAGUACUCUGUAUACAAAUAUGAUGAAGAUAGUUUAAGACGAUGAAGAAAAAAAACAAAAAUUUCACAUGGCUACUUUUUACCUGGGCUGUUAUAUUGGAGAAAAGUUUCAUACAAGGCAAAAUAAUGGCAAGACUCGCUUUAAAAAAAGAGCCUGAAGAUCUUCUCUUUCUAAACACAAUGCCAUCAAAAUUAAAGUGCCAUGCCGACGGCUAUCCGAAACCGCAAAUCAGCUGGCUUGACGAGAAAGGCUCGACAGUUCAACCAAUUGAUGGUAUAAGAUACGUAAGUGGUGGAGAUCUGCAUUUCAACGCGUUUGAAGCAAACCAAUACAUGGCAUCAGCACAUAGAACAAAAUACAGGUGCAAUAUAUCCAGCGAAGUUGGUACUAUUGUUAGUAAAGAAAUUCGUGUAAGAGCAGUAAUUGACGAACGGUACUCUCCAGUCGUCUACCACCAAUCCGCACCACUCGAAGGGUAUGCUAUCUUUAGAUGUCACUUACCCAGUGACAGCGCAGACUACAUAAAAGUGUUAGCAUGGUUGGUUACAUAUCCUGGUGGAGCAAAGAAACGCACAAUUCUGUCAGGGAUGUCGAUUGACGGAUUUACCGCGUUGACAAAUGGAGAUAUGGUUGUCGAUGAUGUACUGAAAAUCCAUGAAGAAUUCAAGUUUUCUUGCAUCAGUCAAAAUAUUCUAAACAAUGUCACUCUAACCAGUUCGCAAGGAAGAAUUUUUUCUAACGAACCUACACCUUUUAGUCCGAUCAAUUUUAUACGUCCACAAGAUCAAACAAUUUACGCUGGAGAGACUUUAACUUUAAACUGUCACGCUUCCUCUUAUCCUUUACCUACGUUUGUCUGGUACAAAAAUGGCGUAACACUUGAUUUAAAAGAUCCCGUCAAAAUUAUUACUGGUGGGUCUAUAAAAAUUAUUCGUUCGACUGUUCAAGAUCAGGGGAAGUAUACUUGCAAGAUUAUAUACGAGGAAAACGAGACAACGUUUGAUGUCACUGUGUUUAUUAAAGUUCCCCUUUCAAUGACAGAAGUGCCGAAAUUAGUUUCAACGCUCCGUAAAAAGACAGUAAUGUUUUCAUGCGAAGGAACUGGUACAAAACCCAUGACCAUAGAAUGGAGAAAAAACGGAGCACUUUUGCGUACAGGAGACCAUGUUUCUGUUCGCACCAACAGGUUAAUGAUUUUUGAUGUCACAAAAAAAGACGAGGGAGUGUACCAAUGUAUAAUAAGCAACAACUUUGAGCAGGUUCAAGCUUCAACACGGUUAAUUGUAAAUGCUGUUCUUCCUGCUAUUAUUUCGCUCACAGCAAACCAAACAGUACAAGCACGAUCCCUGGUCACACUCACCUGUCAAUGUAAGGGCCAGCCACUUCCAAAAUUCACUUGGUUAAAGGAUGGAAAACCUGUGGAAGUUGAGAAAGAUGGACUCUCAGUGUCGGAGAGAAAAGGGGCGAAUAAUAUCGUUAUAUUUUUGCUUAACAUACGAAAUGUGCAGACAAAAUUUUCAGCCACAUACACGUGCGUUGCGAAAAACCGGGUAGGGAGAGAGAGUGCGGAAACAUUUCUUCGAGUGGAAGGCCCACCAAAAAUAAUUGAAUUUACACAAAAUGUAUAUGGUAUCACAGGACGCACUUUAACUAUAGACUGCAAGGGGAAAGGUUUUCCACAAGUUACACAUGAAUGGUUUAAAAAUGGAAUUGAAGUUUAUGCAAAUGAUCGUAUCUCUUUGCAUACAAACGGCUCUUUACAAAUCAGACGAUUUUCUGCAAGCGACGAAGGAACGUAUUGGUGUGUUGUGAAAAAUAAACAUGGAAAACAUCAAGAUAUUGUCAAAGUUGCUGUGCUAGAUCCACCACAGAUAAGGCCUUUUAGCCUGACACCUGAGUUAGUUGGAAAGCGCGCGCAGUAUCUUUGCACCGCGCAGGGUAGCAAUGUUGGACUUCAAAUAUCUUGGUAUAAGAAUGGACUGGAGGCAAAAAAAAUCAAAGGGGUUAAAAUUAUGGAUCUCUCAAUAUCAAAAGCGUUGACUUUUGAGCACAUUAUGACGUCCCAUAGAGGCAGAUAUACAUGUGUAGUAGAAAAUAAAGCUGGGAAAGCAAGUUAUUCUGCUGACUUAGUUGUUUAUGAAAAACCUGUUUUCUAUAUGAAGCCAACAGAUACUACUGUACUCGACGCACAUCCUGUUCAACUUUUUUGCUCUGCAACUGGUUUUCCUGUUCCACAAAUCACUUGGUUUAGAAGAACAAUCAAUGGAGCGUUGCAUCCAGUAAACUUAGAUCAUCGCGUACAGCAACUCCACAACGGGUCACUUAUCUUAUCAGCGGCACAAGCGUCCGACAAUGGUAGAUACGUGUGCCAAGCUUCGUUUUUUAACAGAAAGAUGGUGCCUGACCCACUCGUUAAAGAAAUUCGCCUAGUUGUAAGAGUACCAGCCAGAAUAACCACCACAUCAUCUCUUGUUGCAAGAGGAUUGAAAUCGACUUCAGUGGAUUUAUUUUGCUCCUCAUCGGGAACACCUGUGUUAAAAUUGAAAUGGUUUAAAAAUGGACUCAUUAUAUCAACAGAAAACCAUUUGAAAUAUUUCAGUUAUCAGAGUCAAGGUCACGAAACACAGCCACCGACAUUGAAUUCAUCGUUAGAAAUUCGAAACCUUAUACAAACGGAUACUGGUAACUACGAAUGUAUGGCUACCAAUGCUUAUGGCUCACAGAACACAAGAUUUGAAGUUUAUGUCGAAGAGAAACCAUACAAGCCGUCAGCUGUUGAACAAAUUAGCUCCACAUCAAGAUCUAUGCAAAUCAAGUGGGAACCAGGUUUUGAUGGCAAUUCCCGAAUCAAUCAAUCCCGGGUUGAAGUAAAGAAGGUAUGGGAAGACUGGAGCAUGGCAAGUAUUUACAGAAUAAAUGGAAGUACAACAAAUUAUUUGGUUCGCAAUCUACACCCGGGUAAUACGUACACUGUUAGAGUGAAAUCUAUGAAUAAACAUGGCAUAAGUGAUUGGAGUCAAGAGACUCGUUUGUCUACAAAAGAAGAAGCACCAUCAGCACCACCAACGCACGUGUCAAUAAAUGCUCUUGUAAAGAAUCAGCUUUCCAUAAAAUGGGAGGCACCAGAAGCGAGUAAGAGAAAUGGUAUCUUAACGAACUAUCGAAUUUUUUAUGCGUCUCCUAACUUAAACCACGACUUCUCAUUACUCAAUCUGACGGUUGGCAACACGAAAAGCUGUGUUUUGACGAAUCUCCUACCGUAUACCGUGUACCGUAUUCAAGUACAAGCUCUCACCAAGGCGGGUGGGGGGCCACUAUCUUUGGUAAAGUACGGAAAAACUCUAGAAGGAGUACCAUCCCUACCACCUCCAUCUGUUAGUGUCCAAACUAUCAGUUCACAACACAUUCUGGUGAGAUGGCAAAGAGUACCUUCAAAUACUGUGAAUGGUGUGCUCAAGGGUUACAAAGUCAUAUAUACAGACACGGAGAGGAAAGAAACAUUUGAAAACGAUGUCAAAAAUACAUUGCAAGCACAUCUGACAGGACUGAAUAAGUUUACUAUGUACAUAAUAGGGGUGCUGGCGUACACCAGCACUGGUAAUGGAGUAAUGAGUGAUCCUAUGUAUAAAAGAACGGAUCAGGAUGUUCCAGAAAAACCUGCGCAAUUCACUGUAGUUCCUGCUGGUCCAACAAAACUAGUUAUUUCAUGGUCCCCUCCUUUACAUCCUAAUGGUAUUCUCACCGCUUAUGUGCUCUAUUACAACGACAUACAAGUAGAAGAUGCAGUUGCGAAAACCAUCAUUCCAAAUGAAAACGUUAAUUUUGUUCUACGAGAUCUCACAUUAGGCAAGAAAUACAGGAUUUGGUUGACGGCCAAGACAAUAAAAGGCGAAGGGAAGAGCACAAUGAAAGUUGUAGCACAAACUACAAAGCGUGCCCCUGCAAAAAUCAUUACCCAUCGAUAUGUAAUGUACCGUCCGAGAGGAAGUGACGUCACUUUAUCGUGCACUGCUGUUGGCUACCCAAAACCUAGUAUAUCAUGGCACAAAGUUAAUCCAUCUUCUUCAUACCAUAAACAGAGACGAUGGUUAGCAACGGACAGUCCUCGAAGGUUGUUUAAUAUUCAAAAGAAAGAUUCUGGCAAAUAUAAUUGCACAGCUAUGAAUCUGUAUGGAAGUGAUUGGAACAUAGUUACACUUGUCGUGCAAGUGGUACCGUCUGCACCAGAUAACGUGACAGUCAAAUUGAUCAAGCAGUACCAGAUCAACGUAUCAUGGACACCUGGUAACGAUGGCAAAAGUGUUAUUAUUAACCACCGUGUGCAGUACCUCAUAUCAGGAAAACAUAAAAAGUGGCAGACAGUUAUAUUGCCUGGUCGUCGACUCUGGUUUAUAAUAACCAAUGUCACCAACUUUGUCGCAUACUUUCGUGUAGCAUGUGAAAAUAGUGUGGGCGUGGGUGAUUAUUACCCUCCUUUGAAGUUAGUGAUAUCAGGGACUGGCGUGAAUAAAUAUGCUGGAACGACUAUAUUUGAUGCAUCAGGAAAGAAAAAGUCCAAUACGCUACGAUAUAUAAUGCAACCUUUGCUAAUUUCGGUUGUUGUCAUAGCAACAAUUCUGAUUAUAUUAUUAUUUAUUGCAUCAUGGGAUAGGAAUGAACGACGUAUACGAAAACCAAAGUGUUAUCGAUUGUGUUUUUGCUCUUGUCGAAGAAAACAUGAUUUUAUUGAUGAUCCUUAUGGCGAGCCGGGGCUUCCUUGGCCGUGGAACAUCAGAAGCAACCAACAUAGUGGAGCAUUUGGUAUGGAUGACGUCUUACUUGGCGCAUGUGACGAACAGUUGGAAUUUAAAUACGCUCCUGCAUAUUCUUUGGAAGAAAACAGCACAGAUAGUUUAAAAAAAAAAUUUAAUAAAGCGAAUGCUUGCAACUUCGAACCUGUUGUUCUUUUUACGCCAAGUAAAUCCAAUAACAAUCGUAGUUAUCCUGACGGGACAAAACAUACUAAGUUGGCCGAAGAUAAAAUUGAACACAAUACAUUGGAUGGUCGUAAUAACAUUGUAAGCGAUGAUAAAAUCAACAAACAUUGUGCCAACAGAAAUGACGAUUACGAAACAACGUCAAUAAUUGAGAAAUAUUUACGUUCGCAAAAGGAAUUCGAACCAAAAAACAGUAAUAACAUCCAUAUUAUUGAAAAUCCUAGAGACAGUUAUAUAUCAGAAAACGAAUCUGUAGAUGUUGUUAAGCAACCUAUUCGAAUGCGCGGACCUGCAGAUGGGGUUUCCGAUAAACACUCUCCACCACAGUUUGAAGAUAUACCAAAGCAAAACACUUGGAAUGGUGAUGCUCCACGUGCCCUUCUUCGAGGUUCGUCACCCACAAAACGUGGAAGACGUGGAAGAAAUCGCAAAAGUUUGGAUAGUUUAAUAUUAAAAGCUUUAGAAGAUAUUGAAGAAAAACAGAUAUUAGCAAAUGAAUCUGUCAGUGAUUCGAAAGAUUUGCAACAGCAUGCUGCUACUGUUAUUAAAGAACUUUUAGCAAACCCGCCACGCUCAUAUGACUCUGUGUCGUCAACUUGUAGCUCCUCUGUUGGCGAACUACGCAGAGCGUUUGAAUUUGGUAAAAAAUACGGUUUACAAGAUUAUAACGUUCCUCCGUAUGUUUUAGAUUCUGAAGAAGAGGACGAACUUGAUUUCCAGGCUCACGAGAUUUUACUUGAUAAACUAGACUUAGCUAACUUUAGUGAAAUGCCACGAGAUCUAAAUGACAUGAUGGUGAGAAUUCCUUUACCUGUUCGCAUGGAAGAGUCACUGCAGAACGAUAGUAACUCCGAAACCGAAGAUGAAGAAACAACACACAUGAGGAGAGAGCAAUCACUUGUUUAGUUGACAUGCUUGGAAGGACAUAUUUUUUAAGAAAUUUCUUUCCCCAUUUUUGAUACCCUUUUUGUUGUCAUUGCACAUAUAUUUUUAAAUUAUAACUACAUGAUUUAAUACAAAGACUGCAUACGAAGACAGCGCUAAUUGAUUCCUUUCCUUUAAUUACGGCUUGUUUUUAUUCAACUGCAUUUUUCACUGAAAGGAGCUAUAGAGACACAAAGAUUUGUUCUAAACGGCCACGGAUACGAUUGCGCUACUUGUCAGGGAUGAUACAUUGUCAGGUAUGGAUCAAGCAUUGUCAGGUAUGGAUCAUACAUUGCCAGCUAUGGAUCAUACAUUGUAAGGUGUGAAUGAAGAAUUGUAAGGUAUGGAUCAUACGUGUUAUUGUAAAUAAAAUAAAGUGAAAGGAACGCAAGAAAAACA